AUGCAAGGUCUCAUUUUUCUUAUUACUUUAUUAGCUUCCCAAGCUGCCGCGAAAUGCGUCAAGGAAGGCGUUAAAUGCACAAAGAAGCAAUGGCAGGACAUCGUCACUCAUUGUGAGUGCAACUCUGGUACCCUGAUGAUUUGCGGUCAGGUGCCGUUGACGAAUAACUACCACUGGUCUCAUUUUGUCGUCUGUAAGAAGCCCAAGAAGGGUCUUGCCUGUCUUAAUGACCACUGCGCGUUAUGUGAUGACCCCAAAAUCUGCCCCAAAAACAACAAGCUUAAGCGCAGUCUUGAUCGCCAAGCCAUCGAUGAAUUCCUUGCUAGGGUUGCUGCCGGAGAUCCAGAGGCGAUUGCACAGCAGCAGUCGGGCGAAUGGAUGGGUGUGGCUGCUGCUCUCCCUGCUGCCUCGGAGAGGCAGGCUAGUAUUCGAUCACGACCCGUGGGCUUGACCAACAGGGCCGUGAGCACUCUUUCAGGCAGCUGGUCCGGAAUUGUUCAGAACGGACAAGGCUUCAACUACAUUACCGGUACCUCUACCGUUCCAACUGUUUCCGGAACCAAGCACUCUGGUGCUGCUUUUUGGGUCGGUCUCGAUGGUACCGGUUCUUGGGAGUCCCUUAUGCAGGCCGGUGUAGCGACGGACUCGGAUGGAACCACCUUUGCUUGGUAUGAGUGGUUCCCUCAGUUGUCCCACAAGUAUGAUGACCUCGCCGUCAAACCUGGAGAUGUCAUCCGACUUACAGUGGAUGCGUCCUCCACCACUGGGGGCAGCACCACAACCGAGAAUCUGACGACUGGAAAGAGUGCUUAUCACACCUUCACCGACGGCCCUGGACCUCUGUGCCAAAAGAGCGCUGAAUGGGUCGUGGAGAGUUACCGUAGCUUGGCCAACUACGGCAACGUAACAUUCAGCAAUGCUGUUGCAAAGAGCUCUGCUGGGAUAGUCAGCGGUAAGGGUGAUGAGAGCUACGAGCUUCAGCAGGGCGGCAAGAUUGUGAGCAAGUGCUCUGGUAGCAAUGGCGAUGUUGUCUGUCAAUAUCAGAGUUAA